UUUACAUUGUUUCCCUUGGGCUUCAGAAUCAAAAUGGCUGGUGGAAAGAAACUCACGCAAGAAGAAGAAAUCCUUCUACAGGACUUCAGCCGUACUGUUACGAAGAAGUCGCAAGCUCUGUUCUAUUUGAAUGCGUUGAUGAUCACUAUCCUGCCAUUAUGGCUUUUCUGGAAGAUUCACUUGAUGGAUCCAUAUACAUAUGCUCCACUGUUUGUUGUUGGGACUCUAUUAGCAACAUAUUUAGUAGCAUUUGCAUACAAGAACACCAAGUUUACAAUGAAGCACAAGAUAGCCCAGAAAAGGGAAAAUGCAAUUGCAAAAGAGGUCAACAAUGAGCUAGAUUCAAAACCAGAAACAAAGAAGCUUUCAAGGAAAGAGAAAGAUGACAGAAUCCUUUGGAAGAAAAACACAGUUUCAGACACAGAAGCCACAACCUUUGCAAUUUUUUACAACAAUGUGCUGUACAUCUUUUUGGUGAUUCUUGCAUCCUUCUACUUGCUGAAGACAUUUGGGCCUACAGUCAACUUCACAGUUUCAACUGGUGUGGCUGCUGGUCUUGUUGCCUUAUUGUCAACUGGCUCAUAAUAUGGACUACAAAAAUUCACUUUGAUUUGAAGAUUAAUUUUGUAGCCCUUCCUUUGUUAAAUUAAAACUAAAUUCAUUCUGCAGUCAAGAUGAAACUUUCUUAUCAAAGAGUUAUUGGUCUACAA